ACCACCAGCAGUUCCACAAUAGCUGAUAGGGCAGCUAGACCGCCCCAAAUUAGGUAAGCCCAACCUUGUAAGACGCCCUAGUCCUAGACCAGGUUCCGCGUCGCACUGGGCGAAAAAGAGUCCGUGGAGUAACUCCAUUCCAAUUCGCGAAAAUCUCCCCUCCUUAAACCGUCGCAAUCAUUUUUUCUUAGUCUAGGCAUUUUACAAGUAUAACAUGCCGACGACUUUCUUGUUCUUGGAUUAACACGUCGUAUUCCCCUCUACAUAUGCUAGCACGGUAUUGCAUAUAUAAAUCUUACAAUGGCCAAGAGACCCACGGGCAAAGUUCCUGACGCCUGGGAAGACGACGACUGGGAGGUACAAGCAGACAAGGCCGCAGCGGUAGAGGACGAGGAACCUGAGCCACAACAACAACAGCAACAACCGCAAUUAAGCAGAGCUGAGCGUCUGGCGCAACACGCCGAGUCCAACAGGAAACUCUGGGAGUCAGCCGAAGCCCCAGCCGAAACAUUCCACUACCUAGCCUCGCGUUCCGACCCACCGCUCGCAACAGGCUUCAAGCCCGCCGUCAAAGUUCUCAGCCGCAAACCCCUCCAGGACGCCGGCGACCUAGACGAGGAAGACGGCAAGAAGACGCCACAGCUGACACCCGAAGAGAUCCAAGCGAAGCAACAACGCGAACGCGACGAGAAGCAGCGACGGUACGACGAAGCGCGCGCCAAGAUCUUCGGCUCGAACCAGUCAUCUGGAACUUCUACACCUGGCGCCGUGACGCCACCGCGAUCGGCUGACGGACGAGGUCCUCGAGGAAGAGGUCGAGGAGGACGGGGUGGUGGAGGAGGGCAUCGACACAACGAGAGCCGCGGAGACAGGGAUAGGGAGAGGGAAAGGGAUAACACCCAACGACCGAGCAGCCAGUCAGGUGGUGGCAGUGGACGAGAACUCUACGACCCGAAUUGCUCACCGAAGCCCGGCUUCCAGGUCGAGCGAAGAGGAAACAACUACAACAACGACGGCGGCGCACCAUUAUCCCGUCGACCAACACCACAAGAAGAGCAAGUCAUCCGCGCGCCACGAGGGCCCGACGGCAGUGGAAGAGGAGGCUUCGGGUUCGCGAAGCGGGGCGCCAAAGGCAGUUGAACAGAAUUUUACUAUUUUUGGUUUUCC